AUGAAUAAUGUGUUAGCUUUUCACUCUUCUGAUUGGAAUAGGGUUGGCGAGGUGAGAGCAGAACGGGAGACCGGGGAAGGAAGGAGUACGAAUGACGCGUUGGCCGCCUGGAGACUCUCCAGGCGAGAUCCUCGAAGCACACUCCACUUGUCCGAGUCCAAGUCAAGCUACAGGACCACGCCUAGCCUGAAUCUCAGAGCACCGAGGAGAGGCUAUUGA